AUGCGAGUUAGUAUUAUAAAUUGUUUGCGAAGGAUUAUUGAUAGCCCUUAUCAUUGUUUUAAAGUGAUUCCGAAACCGGACAAUUGGCAGAAACGAGAAAAAUUACGCAGAUUUGUUGCGUGGCAAUAUGCGACUCGUAGAAGUACAGUUCGAAUGGGCUACAAUGCUUUGAACAAAAUAUUUCAUUCAUGGAAUAUACAACGCAUGGAUAAACUAAAGCUUGAGAAACAUUAUGCUCGAGAGCGAUUAGAUUCUGCAUUGGCUGAACAUCAUUUUGAUUAUCCCAACUUUAGAAAUAUGCUCAAUAAAGCUCAUAUUUUGUUGGAUAACAUCGUCCUGUCCCAGCUAGCAAUUUAUGAACCUCGCUCUUUCAAAAGUCUAGUGAUGUUAACAAAGCAAAUGGCUCAUGAAGAUGGCAAAAAAGUGAUUAAUGAUAUCGAACAAAAAUACGUCGAAACAGAUCCUUCACUUUUCGAUACACCAUUUCCGUAUACAAAACAAUUUUUGCGGCGACGUGGCACCAAUUAUAAAGAUCCACCAAAAAAAUUGAAGGAAUCAGAAUAUUAA